UUACCAUCAGCCUUCCAUAAAUUGUGAAUUUAUUAGCAAAGUGGAUCAAUACUACUGAGCUCUAGUCAUGCCAUCCUACUUCGUGACAGUGGCGACGGGAACUCAGUGGUUCGCAGGGACCGACGACUAUAUCUACCUUACCUUGGUGGGCUUAGCCGGCACGAGCGAGAGACACCUGCUUGACAAACCCUUCUAUAAUGACUUCGAGCGCGGUGCUACUGAUACUUAUGAAGUUACAGUGACAGAGGACUUGGGGGAAAUCCAAUUGAUAAAAAUUGAAAAGCGGAAGUACUGGUUUCCUGAUGAUUGGUACCUUAAAUAUAUCGCUGUGAAAACACCAGUUGGUGAUUACCUGGAGUUUCCAUGUUACAGGUGGAUUACAGAUGAAAAAGAGGUGGUUCUCCGAGAUGGUCGAGCCAAGCUUUUUGAAGAUGAGAAAACUCAAAUCCUUAAGCUUCAAAGACGUAAGGAAUUGGAAGAACGGCAGAAGUUGUACAAAUGGACAGAAUGGCAGCCAGGUUUUCCUUUGAGCAUAGAUGCCAAGUCUCAUAAGGAAUUGCCUCGCAACAUCCAAUUUGACAGUGAAAAGGGAGUCGACUUUAUCUUGAAUUACACCAAAGCAAUAGAAAAUCUCUGUAUCAAUCGUUUCAUGCAUAUGUUCCAAUCCUCCUGGAGUGACUUCGCAGAUUUUGAGAAGAUCUUUGUCAAAAUAAGUAAUACAAUAUCUGAAUAUGUAAUGCAGCACUGGCAAGAAGAUUUUAUGUUUGGAUACCAGUUUCUGAAUGGCUGCAAUCCUGUAUUAAUUAAAAAAUGCAUAGAACUACCAAAAAAGUUCCCAGUGACCACAGAAAUGGUAGAAUACAGUUUGGAGAGAAAUCUAACUCUGGAGCAGGAAAUAAAGCAAGGAAAUAUUUUCAUUGUGGACUAUGAACAACUGGAAGAUAUUGACGUCAAUAAGACAGACCCCUGCACAGUACAGUAUUUGGCUGCUCCUAUCUGUUUAUUGUAUAAAAAUUUAGAGAAUAAAAUUCUCCCUAUUGCAAUUCAGAUAAAUCAAGCUCCUGAACCAUGCAAUCCUAUUUUCCUUCCAUCUGAUGCUAAAUAUGAUUGGUUAUUAGCCAAAAUAUGGGUACGUUCUUCUGAUUUCCAUAUACAUCAAACUGUGACUCAUCUGCUUCGGACUCACUUAGUUUCAGAAGUUUUUGCAGUGGCUAUGUUCCGACAAUUGCCUGCGGUCCAUCCUCUCUUUAAGCUCCUGAUACCUCAUGUACGAUUUACAAUAGCUAUAAACACCAAAGCUCGAGAGCAACUUAUCUGUGAAUAUGGACUUUUUGACAAGGCAAAUGCCACUGGAGGAGGUGGGCAUGUGCAAAUGGUCCAGCGAGCAAUGGAACAUCUUACCUACAGCUCUCUCUGCUUUCCUGAAGAAAUCAAGUCAAGACAUAUGGAAAGCCAUGAGGAUAUUCCAUACUACUACUAUCGGGAUGAUGGAGUAAAAGUAUGGGAUGCAAUCAAAAG